AUCUUCACAAUGUAUUCACUAUCAUAGUAUCAUGUCGGUGAUACUUAAUUUCCGAAAUCUCGAGUUAAUAACUAUAAUAUUAUUCGCAUUAACUAUGACUUAAUAAUAGGUUACUUAAACGCUUAGGCACUAGUAACUUGUAAGGAUUUGUUCUGCCUCGUCGGGUAGGCCAUCCGAUUUUAGGAAAAUGAAAGUGAUAUUUAGGGUGUUGAGAUCAUAUUAUUGCGGACCCAGCAUUUCGAACGAAUACAAGAGCAGUUUAUCGUUUGUGUUCACAAGUUAUCGCCGUUAUUCUGAAAACCACGAAGGAAGAACAGAAGUUCCACUCAAGUAUCAGAAUAUACCUAGUGAAAACAUUCGCAACUUUAGCAUCAUAGCGCACGUAGAUCAUGGCAAGAGCACAUUGGCUGAUCGGCUAUUGGAAUUGACAAAUACCAUCUGCAUCGAGGAAGGCAAAGCACAAGUGCUGGAUCGGUUACAAGUAGAAAAAGAAAGAGGUAUAACAGUGAAGGCUCAAACUGCUUCAUUAUUUUAUAAAAGCAGAGUAGAUGAACAAUUAUACCUGUUAAACUUAAUCGAUACUCCAGGCCAUGUCGAUUUUUCUAAUGAAGUUUCUAGAUCGUUAUCAGCAUGCCAGGGUGUCAUACUUUUAGUGGAUGCUAACCAAGGUGUUCAAGCUCAGACAGUGGCUAAUUUUUACCUGGCCUUUUGCCAGAAUCUAAUUAUUGUACCUGUAUUAAAUAAAGUAGAUUUAAAAAAUGCCAAUCCAGAGAAAGUAGAAGAACAAUUGCGUGUCUUGUUUGAUAUUGAGCCAGAAACUGUUUUAAGGAUAUCAGCCAAGCAAGGGACUGGCGUAGAAGAUUUAUUAGAGUCAAUUGUCACUCGACUACUGCCCCCAGUUGCUAAUCGUCGAGCACCAUUCAAAGCUUUGAUUUUUGAUAGUUGGUUUGAUAAAUAUCGUGGGGCUGUAGUACUAAUUUAUGUUCAAGAUGGAUGUGUUAAAGAAGGUGAUAUAAUAACAACUGUGUACUCUCAAACAACAUAUACUGUAAAAAAUGUUGGAAUACUACGGCCAACAGAAUUUAAUACGGGAACAUUAGUAGGUGGUCAAGUCGGAUUUCUAACAUGUAAUAUAAGAUCAGCAAAAGAAGCUCAUAUUGGAGAUACUAUACAUUUGAAAGAUGAACCAGUUGAACCAUUCCCUGGGUUUAAACCUGCUCAACCAAUGGUAUUUGCUGGGUUAUUCCCUAUGGAUCAAUCAUUACACAUGGAAAUGAAAAGUGCUUUAGAACGAUUAACACUCAAUGAUUCGGCUGUUAGUAUUACAACUGAGUCAAGUCCAGCACUAGGUCUUGGUUGGAGAUUAGGUUUCCUUGGCCUGCUACAUUUAGAUGUAUUUAAUCAGAGAUUGGAACAGGAAUAUAAUGCUCAAGCCAUUAUGACAGCACCUAGUGUAACAUAUAAAGCUAAAGUGACGUCAAAAAAAUUAAUUGAAAAGUAUGGCAGUGAUGAAUUUUGUUUUUCUAACCCAAUGGAUUUUCCUGAUCCAACCUUCACUGUAGCACUUUAUGAACCGUUUAUUCUUGGCACCAUCAUAACUCCUGAUGAAUAUUUGGGAGGUGUCUUGUCAUUAUGUAUGGAGAAAAGAGGUGUACAAAAAUCAUCCACUAAUAUUGACAACACCAGAAUAAUGAUACAGUGCUAUUUCCCAUUAAAUGAAAUUGUCAUAGAUUUCCAUGAUACACUUAAAUCAAUUACAUCAGGUUUUGGAAGUUUUAGUUAUGAAGAUCAUGGAUAUGAACUCUCAAAUCUAAUAAAAUUAAAUAUUUUGCUUAAUGGAAACGUUGUUGAAGAACUUGGAACUAUAGUUCAUGCUAGUAAAGCUGUAAGUCUCGGGCGGAAAAUGGUAUUGAAAUUAGUGGACAUGAUUCCAAGACAAAUGUUUCAGAUUGCAAUUCAAGCUUCAGUCAAAGGAAAAAUAGUUGCAAGAGAAACAUUAAAAGCGUAUCGCAAAGAUGUAACAUCAAAACUUUGUGGAAAACGCGGUGGUGAUAUAACAAGAAAAAUGAAACUUUUAAAACAACAGUCGGAUGCUAAAAAAAAAAUGAAAAUGGUUGGAAACAUUGAAAUUCCCCGAGAUACAUUCAUUAAUGUUCUGAAACGUUGAGAAUUCUAUGAAAUAUUAUAUAAACUGUCGUUUUUGUUGAUCCUAAAUGAAGUUUUUAUUUUUGUUAUGAUUUUCAGUUAUAAGUAGUAGUAAAUGCAUUUUGUUAAAAAAUGUUAUUGUAUUUUAAUAAUUGAAUCUUAGCAUAAUUAAUAUGCUAAUGUAUGGCUAUUGGUUUCACCAUGUGCUUUUUCCUUUGUGUGUAGCUUUUUAAUUACUUCUGGCAAUUGAAAUGUUUUUUGUUUCAUUUUAAAAACAAUAAUGUGUGGACCUACUUCUGAAGGUCACUAUUUGUUUUUAAUGAUUGGAAAUUGUUAAAAAUAUCAUUUUUGCAUUGACAUUUUACAGGCAAAGUGCUAAUAUAAAGAAUUUCUAGAUUUUUUAUAAAAUAACAUAUUUUAAAAUAUUUACUUAUAUAUCAUCCCCGUCCCUGUACUUACCUAACCUUUUAGCAUUUAUUUUUAUAAAUUAAUUAAAUAGUGACAAUGACAAAAGUGUGCUUAUAAGUAUUUACAGAAUAAUAGCUUGUAAAUUCUCAUCCCAUUUUCAUUUUUUUUAAUUGUCCAUUAUGAGUAUUAAGUAAUAACAGUUGUAAUUCAAAAAGUUAGACAUUCCAAUUUAAAAAUUAAUUAUAUAAGACAACACAUGAAAAGCACAUUUAACUUCUAAUAGCUACAAUACGUAAAUAUUCGAUGCGCAUAUUUACUAAUACAUCAAUAAAAUUAUAAUAUUAUAUUAAGUAUUAUAUUUAUUAUACAUAGGUAAUUAUAAUUAAAAGUUAUAAUAAUUUGUAUAUAUGAUUGAAUAUUUUUGUACUGUCGUCUUAUAAGCUCUUAAUCAUCCAAACAAUAGUAUAUUUUGUGAGCACAAUACAACAGCACUAUAUGAGUAUAAUACAUAAACCAGGGCAGCAACAACUCCCCAGGUAACCAAGGCCAUUUUUUGGGAUAUGAAUAUAUGAUCAAAAAAUAAUUAUUUAUAAUUUACAUGUUAAUAAGGCAAUAUAAUAUAUUAUGUUCGCUUGAUGA